AUGGCUGCAAAACUUGUGGGUGGAGCCUAUCUCUCUUCCUUUGUUGAUACUGUUUUGAACAAGCUGUCUUCAAUCGAUGUCAACGCAACCCCAACAGCAAGGAAGUUAGCUGACAAGAGGUUGCUUCAAAAGCUGAGAAAGAGUCUCCGUGCCACUCGACCUGUGCUUGACGAUGCUGAGCAGAAGCAGAUCAGAGACCAAGAAGUGAAGAAGUGGCUUGUUGAUCUCCAAGAUGCUCUUUAUAUGGCUGAUGAUUUGCUCGAUGAACUCUCCGCUAAAGCUGCCACUCCCACUCAAAGGGAUCCAGGUAACUCUUCUUCCUGGUCUCACUAUGUUGAUUCAAUUUUGGAAGAUGGUGAUGACGAUGAGAUGGGGGUAGUAACUAGGAUGCAAGACAUAGUUGACAAAUUAGAGUCUAUUGUUGAAGAGAAAGAUGAUCUUGAUCUGAAACAAGGGGUUGCCAAAGAUUUGGAGGACAUGUCAUGGAGAAUUCAAUCAUCUCUGAUUGAAAGUUCUGAUAUAUAUGGCAGGAACGGUGACAAGGAAGCCAUCAUAAAAUUGUUGUUUGAGGAAACCUGUGAUGAUAAAUUGUCUGUGAUCUCUAUAGAAGGUAUAGGUGGAAUUGGAAAGACUACUUUGGCUCAGUUAGUUUACAAUGAUGCCAGAGUGAAGGAGAAGUUUGCCAUUAAAGCAUGGGUGUGUGUAGCUACUAGAUUUGAUCCUAUUAGUGCUUCGAAGGCUAUGAUAGAGGAAAUAACGUCUUCCCCAUGUGACAUGGUUAACUUGAAUUCACUUCAAACUCAAUUGAAGGAAAAGUUAAAUGAGAAGACAUUCUUAGUUGUUUUAGAUGAUGUUUGGGAUAAUCAGCAAAAUUUGUGGGACAAUUUUCUGAAACCUUUUUUGAGUGGGAAUAAGGGAAAUUAUCAAUUUGACAAAGAGGAAUUAAUCUUGUUGUGGAUGGCUGAGGAUUUCGUACAACCAAUAGAAAAUUGCACAUUAGAAAAUAUUGGUCGUGCAUAUUUUGAUGAAUUAGUUGCAAGGUCAUUUUUUCAGCCUUCUAGUAAAGAUGUUGGCUUAUUUGUAAUGCAUGAUCUCAUGCAUGAUUUAGCAACAUUCUUUGCUGGAAAAUUCUAUUUCAAAUUAAGAGAAUUUGAAGACUCACAAAAGAUUUGCAGCAAAACUCGUCAUUUGUCAUAUACUGCAAAUCCUGAUGAUCGAAUCUUAAAGCUUGGAGAGGCCUAUAAGGGAGCAACACAUAUGAGAACAUUUCUAGAUGUUCAUUUGUUUCAUCGUUAUGGAUCAAUUAAUUUAGAAAGCGACUCUUGGCUCUUACAAUUACAUUUGAGGUGUUUAAGAGUUUUGUCAUUUAAAUAUUUUUCUAUUGAAUCAUUGCCUGACUCAAUAGAGAAAUUAAUCCAUUUGCAUUAUUUGAAUCUCUCACACACACCUAUUGUGAGAUUGUCCGAGUCCUUGUGUAAAUUAUACAAUCUCCAAACGUUGAAAUUGUGUUAUUGUAAGAAACUAGAAAUGCUUCCUAGCCGUAUGAAAGAUCUUGUGAGCCUGCGACAUCUUGACAUAAAAGGAGCUGAUUCUUUAAAAGAGAUGCCGAAAGGAAUGAGUAAGUUAAAUCAUCUGAGCUUCUUAAGUGGUUAUGUUGUCGGAAAGCAUGAGGAGAACGGGAUAAGGGAAUUGGGAGCACUUGGCAAUCUUCAUGGCUCACUUUGCAUUUCCAACUUGGAGAAUGUCAGCAACAGCCGUGAAGUUUUGGAGGCAAAGAUGGGUAACAAGAAGCACAUCAACAUUUUAGAAUUGAAAUGGCUUCCCGAUGGUGAUAUUGUGGAUGUUGAAACUGAAAGAGAUAUACUUGACAAGUUACAACCUCAUAGAAACUUGAAAGGGUUAUCAAUUGUGGGUUUCAGGGGUGAAAUAUUCCCAGAUUGGUUAGGCUUAGGCCUUUCUUGCUACUCCAAUAUGACCAAAUUGGUUCUGAGUUCUUGUAAGAAUUGCUGUCAGGUUCCUUCACUGGGACAGUUACCCUCUCUGCAGCAUCUAGAGUUUUUUGAAAUUGAUGGGUUGGAGAGAGUUGGUUGUGAGUUUUAUAAAAGCCUUUCAAUACGCGACUGUCCGGUGUUGAGUGGAGAUCUGUCACCCCACCUUCCGGCUCUGGAGCAACUCACCAUUUGGAAUUGCGAAGAGCUUGCAUGUUCACUGCCGAGAGCUCCCAAGCUUCACCAAUUAACUGUAAAGGGUUCUGGGUUUUAUCUGAGUCAGGAGAAGGGAGUACUAAUUUCAGAAACCCAGCUGGCGAAGUCUGUAUUGGAGUGGCUACCCCACAUCCAAUCGCCUCGCCUCCAACAUUUGGAAAUCAAGAAGUGUUGGUCAGCAAUAUCAAUUUCAGGAGAUUAUUUGCCCGAUUCACUACAGAUUCUGAGAAUACAAGAUUGUUCAAAAUUAACAAUCUCAGAGCCACUGCAACAUAAGUCGCUAAAGGAGAUACACGUGAGCCGGUGUGAUUCACUGACGUUGUUUGCAUUGGGAUCCCUUCCAAACCUCGAGGCACUCUUUAUCUCAAAAUGCCACCGUUUAAUAUCCAUGCCGGGGCUAGGCUUUGCUGACCUAGAGAAACUUGUAAUAGCGGCUUGCCCAGAAAUGGAUUGUUUCGGAGAGGAGUGCCUCCCGCCGAAAUUGACAACUCUUCAUAUCGCUGGCUGUGAGAAACUAGAGAGGUGGAUAACAUCAAAGGGUUUGCACAGUGAAGGCCUUACCGAUCUUACCCUUGGUCAAUGGAAUGAAGUUAAGUCCUUCCCCAAAGAGGGUUGCCUUCCUGUUUCCCUCCAGUCUCUACAAUUGCUGUUCUUUCCAAAUCUGGAGACGCUAGACUGCAAGGGGCUUCGUCAUCUCACCUCCCUCCAAGAAUUAAGUAUUACUGGCUGUUCAAAGCUGGAGAAUAUUACAGAAGAAAGAGCGCCUGCCUCCAUAGCAAAAUUUGUCAUCGGGAAAGAAUGUCCUUUGAGCUGUAAGCUGGAAGAAAUGAACGACCCACGGAUUCAAUUACAAAGUUCCUUCAUUGGAAGUCUGAUCCGUCAAGCUUAUAGACAGAUGACUGAGGAUCGGAGGAAACGUGAGAAUUGGAGUGAACUGGAAUAAGUUUUAGCAUUUGUUCAGGUUUAUAAGAACAUUUAGAGCAACUUGCUAUACCAGUGAAUCUCUCUAGAACCACCGACUAUUUCAACUACAGAAUUUGCUUCUCCUGUAAAGGAAGCAGAUAAUUAAAGGUUUCUCAUUAUCCAGACCCUGAAAUUCAAUAUGGUUUUUUUCUCAGAAUUGCUGAAUCUAUGAACUACCCUUCAUUCAAGUUUCACGAUCAACCAUCUCUGGUUCCCACUUUGGGUUCUUCUCUGCACUUGGCUUGGAUGCACUCCAAUGAAAGUCACUUGCAUAGAGCACAGCCUAGGAAAAUUUUCAUUUGCUGAAGGAUGUUUUGUUUCCUAACUUGAUGGAGCUUUGUAGAAUAUGAAAAGUUAGUUAGCUUUCUGGUUGCAAAUAACUUGAAUCCACUAUCUUAUCCAUCAUGAGAUCCAUGGUGCAUGUAAUAAGGUCCUUGAAAUGGAAGUUUCUUGCUUGUCUCCCUUCAAUUUCUGAAUCUAUUCUGGAUUGUCAAGACUGGAAGCUGAGACUAUAAGGGGCUUUAAACCCCCUGAACUCCCAAAAGUUAAGUGUAACUCAUGUUUCUAAGUCUAACCACAAGCUGGAUCUAAAUCUGAACUUUACAUUUGUGACAAAGUCAGUGAAAGAAGUGGAGCAAAGAGAGAAUUUCUGCAUUCAAGUUGUUGCUUUUGCUACACGUGAGACUGCAGAGUCUUUUAACUGCAACAUGCAGCCUCU